AUAAAUUUAUCCAAGUAAGAAUUGAAAUAAUUUUUUUUAAUAUAAAGUUUAUCUAGAAAGUAAACUAUUUAUAUUUCUUCUAAUUACUAAAAAAGAAUAUCAUUAGGCUUUAUAUGCUCUUAAAAUUAAAUUAUUACAUCUGCGUAUAGAAAUACUAUUCACCCAAUAGAAGAAAAACAAGAAAAAAGAAAUUAGACAGCCACUGAAAGGGAGAAGAUGCAGACAAAUAAAUAAUAUAUAAAAAUAAAUAUUAGAAUCACUGAUUCAUGACAGCGAAAGAAAUAAUUAUCACAAGAACAGAAAAAGAAAGAAAGAAAGAAAGAAAGAAAGAAAAAUCUGAGAAUAUAUAAAUGAGGCGGACAUCAAAGGAUGCAGAGUCAUCAACGUGGAAGAGAAAGAAAAAAAGGAAAAAGAAAAACAGAGGGAGAACCCAUAAGAAGAAGAAGAAGAAGAAGAAGAAAGCAAAUAAUGGCAGGGCAAUCAAGAAAAUGGAUGAUAUUAGUAGCAACAAUAUGGAUUCAAGCAUUUACAGGAACAAACUUUGAUUUCUCAGCAUAUUCAACCCGACUGAAAGCAGUUCUGGGGAUAUCACAAGUGCAGCUCAAUUACUUGGCUGUUGCGUCUGAUUUAGGGAAAAUAUUUGGAUGGUCUUCUGGUUUAGCUUUGCUGUAUUUCCCAUUAUGGGUUGUUCUUUUUAUUGCUGCUUUUAUGGGGUUCUUUGGUUAUGGUCUUCAAUGGCUUCUCAUCAGAAACGUCAUAUCACUGCCUUAUAUCCUGGUGUUUCUACUUUGUUUGUUAGCUGGAUGCAGCAUCUGUUGGUUCAACACUGUAUGCUUUGUUCUCUGCAUUCAGAAUUUCCCAGCUAACAGACCAUUAGCUUUAUCACUCACGAUAAGCUUCAAUGGUGUUAGUGCAGCCUUAUACACCCUUGCUGCCAAGGCAAUCGAGCCAUCAUCAAGUGAUAUAUAUCUUCUCUUAAAUGCCCUUGUUCCCCUUAUCACUUCCUUUGCAGCAUUGCUCCCGAUACUUCGCCAGCCAUCUCUGGAUCCCCUUUCUCCUGAUGGAAAUCGCCGUGAUUCCGUUAUAUUUCUCAUCUUGAAUUUCUUAGCCAUCCUCACAGGAAUCUAUCUCCUUAUCUUUGGUUCUGUAUACAAUGCAUCGAGUGCUUCUUUACUCUUUGGGGGUGCAAUUUUCCUUCUCAUGUUUCCUUUGUGUAUUCCUGGUGUUGUCUAUGGUAGACACUGGUUUCAUCGCACCAUUCAUUCUAGUUUUCGCCUUGAAGGCUCUAACUUCAUUCUUAUAGAUGAUGAUGAUCUUGAACUUCACAAAGAGCUACUUACCCGCGAGCUGAGUAAUCAUGAAAAUGGAGACGGACUUGUCUAUGGAAUUACAAGACAGAAGAGCACAAGCGAAAAAGAUGGAUGCUGCGAUACAAUGGUUGGGAGGGAUCGGCUGGCAAUGCUCGGGCAGGAACACCCUGUGUGGAUGCUCGUACAGAGGUUGGAUUUUUGGCUAUACUACAUUGCGUACUUCUGUGGAGGUACAAUUGGCCUUGUGUACAGCAACAAUCUAGGCCAAAUUGCACAAUCACUUGGACAAAGCAACAACACUACAACCCUUCUGACUCUGUAUUCUUCCUUCUCCUUUUUUGGCCGUCUGCUUUCAGCUGCUCCAGACUACAUACGUGUGAAACUGUACUUUGCAAGGACUGCAUGGCUAACAAUUGCCCUCGUGCCAACUCCAAUAGCCUUCUUGUUGCUAGCUGCAUCAGGCAGUGCAGUAGCCUUGCAUAUAGGGACUGCAUUAGUGGGCCUGAGCUCAGGGUUCAUAUUUGCUGCCGCUGUUUCAAUAACAUCAGAGCUGUUUGGGCCAAACAGCGCAGGAGUUAAUCACAACAUUCUUAUUACCAACAUUCCAAUAGGCUCACUUAUUUAUGGACUUCUUGCUGCUCUAGUUUAUGAUGCUAAUGCAGUCAAUGGCCUGGUAAACGUCAAAAUGGACUCGGUGGUUUGCAUGGGAAGACACUGCUAUUUCUUAACAUUUGUGUGGUGGGGUUGCAUAUCAGUUGCGGGGUUAACUUCUAGCAUGCUAUUAUUCUUAAGGACAAGGCAUGCGUAUGAUCAGUUUGAGAAAAACAGGGUUUCGACCCAACUGUACUAAGCUUGCUAGUAAUGUUGGAAGGAUGUCGUUAGGAAUUAAUGCAUAACUGAUUUGCUGAAAUAGAGGAAAAAGCAAAGCCCUUUUAGAUAGAUGAAGUGGUUGGAGGAAAAGGAAAAGCUUGUAUAGCUAUGUAGGUGGUGGAAUCAAGCUAAAGAUUUUGAAUUUAUUUAAAGUUUUCUCAUGUAGAAAUAGGCACUUGACGUUUUAUUAAAUGAAGUCACCACUGUCUACUACGACACCGUUAAAGCA